AUGAAUGAUGAUUUCGAUAAUAUUGCUUUCAUACCAAAUUAGAUAGCAGAAUAAGCAUUUUAAAAAGGAGUGAAGGAAGGAAAAGCUAAAGUAGAUGCAAAUAUAUACAAUGAUUCAUAUAUUAAAGGAUGGAAUAAAGGAGCUAUUGUAGGUAUGAUUGAAUCCUAGAUCUCAAUUUUGAAAAUCAUUGAUCCUACUCUAUAAACACAAAAAUAUGAAGAACAGCUAAAACAUUUAGAUUAAGUCGAGGACCUAAUCAAUUUAAGAAAAGCCCUAACAAAACUAUAUCCAUUAAAAGGACUUAUAUAAUUAAAAAAACAAAGUUUAGAUUUCUGAU